CUUCGAGAAAACAGAAAACCGAAAAUUGUUUUCUUCGCUCUGUACCGCACCGACCCAUGUUCGGUUCGUUCAGGAACCCUUCCCAGCUUCAAAGGAAGCAAAAUCAAGAUAAAGAAGGGUUAACCUCGAGUUUCAGGCCAGAGAAUUUCAUCCCAGGAAUUGUUAUUGGUUUCAUUUUGGGGAUGUUUUUCGAUUUAGCAAAGCCAAGUGGGAAUCAAACUAACACGAAGAACAAAUUGUCAUCAGGAAAGGUGCACUCUCAAAGUUUGGUCUCAAAUAAUGGUGACCAAGAACUUAAAAUGGUUCUGGUCGUCAGACAAGACCUAAGGAUGAAAUCAGGAAAGAUUGCUUCGCAAUGUGCUCAUGCUGCAACUGGCAUGUAUGCUGAACUUGUGCAUAGUCAUCGAUCUCUUUUGAGACAAUGGGAGCAAUGUGGGCAGCCGAAAAUAGUUGUCACGUGCAAAAAUCAACAAGAAAUGAAUAGGCUGAAAGAAGAUGCCGAGAGCAUUGGCCUUCCUACUUUCGUUGUUGCUGAUGCUGGACGGACACAGGUUUCCGCAGGAUCAAACACUGUUCUGGCCAUUGGGCCCGGACCAAAAGCAAUUGUAGAUUCAGUGACGGGAAAGCAAUGUCUGCUUUGAAAGCAUAAUUACAACGAGGAGCAAACUAGAAAGACCCUUGUUGGCUUGUUGGAGAUAUAAAAGGAAUAUGUAGCUGAAGAUUUGCAUUUUUUAAGUUGCAAGUUAGAUGUCUGUCCACAAUGAAGAAGUGCUCUCUUGUACCGAAAGUUUCCUUUGAGUAGCACUAGGAAUCCCAACUUUUAUCUUAAUUUUUGAUACC